AGGAAUGUAGCACAACACAAUGUGCCAGAGAUAAAGGAAAUGUAACAACACACAUUCAGAAUUAGAUAGGAAGUUACAAGAUCGGCAACAAGAAAAUAAGCGGCAGAAACCACAAGUAGGAACACAUACAGCUUAAACAAGCUAUAACUCUAUGAUGUCAAAAUGACACGUAUGCUCAACCAGGCGCAACUCCACAAACAAGCAGGCACGUAGACUAAAAGCAAGGUAGAACUCCAAAAAAGAUACUUCCGGCUGUUCCGUAGCUUGGUGGGUGAACCCUUAGAGGUUCCAGUUGACGCCGAAAGAAGGGGAAGCCAUGGGGAACUCACAAGGAGAGGAGAAGCUGCCUCAGUCAGCUGGAAACAAGACCUGGGCUCACGGAGUCGUCUUCAAGUCGCGACUCUGGGAUGUAAACCAGAAGUCCCUCUACCUUCAGAACAAUGAACUGAUAGCCGGAUACUUGCAAGCUCCCAACUCUGCACUGGAAGAAAAGAUUUUCUGGAUCCGCAACCGGGCCUUUGGCCAGGAGAACUUCCCGGUCAUCCUGAGCAUUCAGGAUGGGAAAAGCAGCCUGGCCUGCUCUCCUGGGACCCCACCGGAGCUGCAGUUGGAGAGUGUCAACAUCAGAGAUCUCUGCAAAGAUAAAGAGGCCUCCACCCGUUUCACCUUCUUCAUGUCUAACAAAGACGGAGUCUGGCGCUUCGAGUCAGCUGCCCACCCAGGCUGGUUCCUCUGCACCUCUUCCAAAGCCAACGAACCCAUUGGGCUGAUAAACAAUCCAGGAUCUUCUCAUCUGGUGGACUUCUAUUUUCAGCCUGAAUCUUAGCUGGCCUCCCCCACCUCCCUUCGAAGGACAAAGCCCACUCCUGGAGGGCAGCGUCUCCCAGUUGCUCCUCUCGCUAAGCAUUUCUGCAGGGGGUCGCUUUUCAGGAGAACAAAGCGGAAGGAAAGCGGUGACACCGUGUUUCUAGAGUUCGCGGGAUAUUCAUAGCUCACUUUCUGGAUUCGGAAAUGCAGGUUGUGCAGCCACAAAAUUAUCUGCAAGCCUCUAAAGCUACGAGUGCAAAAUAUGCCAGCCAAUUGAUGAGCUCUGGUUACCCAGAAAGGAAUUAAAUACAUUUGAAGUAACUGUAUUGACUACAUUUAAUUCUAAUGAUUUCAAAAUAUGCAUUCAAUUUAAAAAAACACCUCAUUUUGUC